AUGAGUUCAGAAGACCUCGAAGGAUACUUUGACGUCAAGAAAUUUGGCGCAACCGGAAAUGGCAUCGACAACGACUCUAUCGCGAUUCAAAAGGCAAUAGACGCGGCACAAGCCAAAGGCGGCGUGGUUUGGUUUCCUCCCGGAACUUACCUUAUCGGCCCUGGUCCUCGUUCCGAUCGUGGAAUAUUUAUAACCGCUCCAGUGAUCCUCGCAGGUACCGGUGCAGGAACUCCAUUCGGUAUCCCUCCACAAACAGAUCACAUCAGUACCGCCGGCUCCAAACUGUUUGUUACAAACACGGACAUCAUUCCGAUCUGGAUCACCGGCCAAGGCACCGUGGUACGAGACCUAGCAAUCUACCAUCAACAAGACGAUCCCCAGCCUGGAAAGAAGUGGAAGCCCUUGCCAUAUCCGCAGGCUAUUUACGCAUAUGGUGCCGAUAUACGCUUAGAAAACAUCUUCCUGAGAAAUCCUACAACAGGCAUUGCAUGCACAAACACGGGCCGUUUGUCAGUAAAUCGACUAUUUGGUCAACCUCUCGAAACGGGCAUCCGGCUCGACAACUUGCAAGACACGACUAGGAUUGAUAAUGUCCACUUUUGGCGAUAUUGGAGCUCGGAUCCCGCAGUAAGUGAAUACAUGUUUGAACAAGCUGUGGGCAUCAAGAGCUAUCGCAACGAUAAUCCCAUGUUUUCCAACAUUUUCACAAUUGGAUACAACAUUGGGUUUCUAUUCAGCAAAGGAGACAACCCGCUUGCAGGAGACAGCCUUCAAAUCACCAGCAAAUUCAAGAUACUAAACGCAGAUAAUGACGGCGGUUAUAUAGGCAUCAAGGUUGACGGCCCAAACACAACGGGCCAGAUUGUCAAUUACUCCUUCCAGGGGUACAAGGAAUCAGAAACAGGCAUCCACAUUCAAGCACCUGGAUCCGUUAUCCAAGCAACGAAUGUGCGCCUCACACUGACCGGAGCCAAUGCUGUACGUGUUUCGGGCCAACUCGCACAUUUGCUUAUAGACAACAUUUGGGUCGAAGCUUGGGAUCAGAGUGGCAAAGGAUUCCCAGGUAUUGAGGCUGUAGAUGACGGUGCAGUCGUUUCCGUUGGUUUUAACCGAUAUUUUUAUCCAUUGCAAAGCUCGAGGCGUGUUGGUGGUCAAGGCACCGUCGCCCUUGCUGGACCGAUCUUACCGGGAAUCAAUUCAUGA